UUUGCGUCAUCGCGCCACGCCACCACCAGAGCCGGGGGAAGAUGGCGGCAGCCGUUCUGAGUGGACCCUCUGCAGGCUCCCCGGCUGGGGUUCCUGGCGGUGCCGGGGGUCUCUCGGCGAUGAACUCUGGACCGCGUCUUCGUUUGCUGCUGCUGGAGAGCGUUUCUGGGUUGCUGCAGCCGCGAACGGGGUCCGGCGUUGCACCCGUGCAUCCCCCAGUGCGCUCGGCCCCACAUUUGCCGGGGCUCAUGUGCCUCCUGCGGCUGCAUGGGACGGUGGGCGGGGCCCAGAACCUUUCUGCUGUUGGGGCAUUGGUGAAUCUCAGUAAUGCAUGUCUUGGUUCCUUGAAAACUCGGUUUGAGGGCCUAUGCCUGCUGUCCCUGCUGGUUGGGGAAAGUCCCACAGACAUGUUCCAGCAGCACUGUGUCUCUUGGCUUCGGAGCAUUCAGCAGGUGUUGCAGUCCCAGGAUCCACCACCCACCAUGGAGUUGGCUGUGGCUGUCCUGAAAGACCUGCUCCGUUAUGCAGCCCAGCUUCCUGCACUCUCCCGGGACAUCUCUGUCAACCACCUCCCUGGGCUUCUCACUUCGCUGCUGGGCCUCAGACCAGAGUGUGAACAGUCAGCAUUGGAGGGAAUGAAAGCUUGUAUGACCUAUUUUUCUCGGGCUUGUGGUUCUCUCAAAGGCAAGCUGGCCUCGUUUUUCCUGUCUCGGGUACAUUCCUUGAGCCCUCAACUUCAACAGCUGGCCUGUGAAUGUUACUCCAAACUUCCCUCAUUAGGAGCUGGCUUUUCCCAGGGCCUGAAGCACACAGAAAGCUGGGAGCAAGAGCUGCACAGCCUUCUGGCCUCACUGCACAGCCUGCUGGGGGCUCUGUAUGAGGGAGCAGAAACAGCUCCUGUGCAAAAUGAAGGCCCUGAUGUGGAGACACUGCUUUCCCACUCAGAAGAAGGUGAUGCCCAUGUUCUUCUCCGGCUUCAGCAGAGGUUUUCGGGACUGGCCCGCUGCCUGGGGCUGAUGCUCAGCUCUGAAUUUGUGGCUCCUGUGUCUGUGCCUGUGCAGGAAGUCUUAGAUCUCAUCUGCCGGAUCCUCAGUGUCAGUGGCAAGAAUAUUAGCUUGCUUGGAGAUGGUCCUCUACGGUUGCUGCUGUUGCCCUCUAUCCACCUUGAAGCCUUGGACCUGCUCUCUGCUCUCAUCCUUGCGUGUGGAGGCCGGCUCUUACGCUUUGGGUCCCUGAUCAGCCGCCUGCUCCCCCAGGUCCUUAAUGCCUGGAGCAUUGGCAGGGACACCCUCUCUUCAGGCCAAGAGCGGCCUUACAGCACCAUUCGGACUAAAGUGUAUGCUGUGUUAGAACUGUGGGUACAGGUCUGUGGCACCUCUGCAGGGGUGCUUCAGGGAGGAGCCUCUGGAGAAGCCCUGCUCACUCACCUGCUCAGUGACAUCUCUCCACCAGCUGAUGCCCUCAAGCUUCGCAGUCCCAGAGGGAGCCCUGAUGGGGGUUUACAAACUGGCAAGCCCAGUGCACCCAAGAAGCUAAAGCUGGAUAUGGGGGACGCUGUGGCACCGCCCAGCCAGCGGAAAGGAGAUAAUAAUGCCAACAGUGAUGUGUGUGCAGCUGCACUGAGAGGCCUCAGCCGGACCAUCCUCAUGUGUGGGCCUCUCAUCAAGGAGGAGACUCACAGGAGACUGCAUGAUCUGGUCCUACCCCUGGCCAUGGGUGUUCAGCAGGGCGAGGUCCUGGGCAGUUCCCCGUACACCAGCUCCUGCUGCCGCCGUGAACUCUACCGCCUGCUGCUGGCCCUACUCCUGGCGCCUUCUCCUCGCUGCCCACCUCCUCUCUCCUGUGCUCUUCAGGCUUUUUCCCUUGGCCAGAGAGAAGAUAGCCUUGAGGUCUCCUCUUUCUGCUCAGAAGCGCUGGUGACUUGUUCUGCUUUGAUCCACCCUCGAGUUCCUCCCCUCCAGACUGUGGGCCCCACUUGCCCCACACCUACCUCAGUUCCCCCUCAUGAGGCCCCAUCUCUGUUCAGAGCCCCACCCUUCCAUCCCCCAGGCCCCAUGCCCUCCGUGGGCCCCAUGCCCUCUGCAGGCCCCAUGCCCUCCUCAGGCCCAUUACCUUCUGCAGGCCCCAUGCCCUCUGUAGGCUCCAUGCCUUCUGCAGGCCCUGUGCCCCCAGCACGCCCAGGGCCUCCAGCCACAUCCAAUCACCUUGGCUUGUCUGUCUCAGGCCUGGUGUCUGUUCCUCCUCGGCUUCUUCCUGGCCCUGAGAACCACCGUGCGGGCUCCAGUGAGGACCCUGUCCUUGCCCCUAGUGGGACUCCUCCACCUACCAUACCCCCAGAUGAAACUUUUGCGGGGAGAGUGCCCAGACCAGCCUUUGUCCACUACGAUAAAGAAGAGGCAUCUGAUGUGGAGAUCUCCUUGGAAAGCGACUCUGACGACAGUGUGGUAAUUGUGCCUGAGGGGCUACCACCUCUGCCCCCACCACCGCCCUCUGGCAACAGUCCUCCCCCGGUGGCCCCCACUGGGCCACCAACAGCCUCCCCUCCUGUGCCAGCCAAGGAAGAGCCUGAAGAACUUCCUGCAGCCCCAGGGCCUCUCCCUCCUCCCCCGCCUCCACCUGUCCCUGGUCCUGUGACGCUUCCACCACCCCAGUUGGUUCCUGAAGGGACUCCUGGAGGGGCAGGACCCCCAGCCUUGGAAGAAGACUUGACAGUUAUUAAUAUCAACAGUAGUGAUGAAGAAGAAGAGGAAGAGGAUGAAGAGGAAGAAGAGGAGGAGGAAGAAGAGGAAGAAGAAGAAGACUUUGAGGAAGAGGAAGAAGAGGAAGAAGAGUAUUUUGAGGAGGAAGAAGAGGAAGAAGAGUUUGAAGAAGAGUUUGAAGAGGAGGAAGGUGAGCUAGAGGAAGAAGAGGAGGAAGAGGAAGAGGAGGAGGAAGAGUUGGAAGAGGUCGAAGACUUGGAGUUUGGUUCAGCAGGGGGUGAGGUAGAAGAAAGUGGACCGCCAGCCCCUACCUUGCCUCCAGCUCUGCCCCCUCCAGAGUCUCCCAAAGUGCCGCCUGAGCCAGAACCUGAACCCGGGCUUCUGUUAGAAGUGGAAGAGCCAGGAACUGAAGAGGAGCCUGGGGCUGAGACAGCCCCCACCCUGGCUCCUGAGGUGCUGCCCUCCCAGGGUGAGGUGGGAGGGGAAAGCCCCACUGGAGGGCCAGCUCCUCAGGAGCCAGUUGAAGAAGAGCCCUCUGAUCCCCCAACUCUACUGGAAGAGGAGACAGAAGGUGGAGGUGACAAGGUGCUGUCUCUACCAGAGACACCUGCAGAAGAGAUGGAGGCAGAGGCCACAGCUGUGCAGGAAAAGGAGGAGGAUGACACAGCUGCCAUGCUGGCUGAUUUCAUCGAUUGUCCCCCUGAUGAUGAGAAGCCGCCACCUCCCACGGAGCCUGACUCUUAGCUCUCCUUUGCACCCACCACCUUGUUUCCAAUAAAGUUAUGUCCUAAGGUAUUGAUGCUGCUUCCAGCCCUUGCCAGUGUCCCCAGUAAGGAGCCUGGGUCUCUGCUGAGGUUUUCAAGGUAUCUGUAGUCUCCAGAUGUCUUCAUAACGGGCCUACUGUCUCCAGUGACCAGAGGAGGAGCCGCCACUACCUCGGGCUUUCCUACUCAGUCUUGAGAUCUGUAUAUUUUCCAGUCAGUCCACUUAAGCACUUGUCUUUGCUUUAGGUCUUGCUAGGAGGCCUGAGUCUAGAGCUGUAUUUGUGAGGGUAGCAAGGUUUGUGGGCUUGAGGUAGGGGCCCAAUGAUGCUUUUACUCAGGCUUUUGAUGUAUGAACAUAAGUGCUUUGGAAAUGUGAAAAAGGGAAUCAUUCCUCCCAACUGUGUACAUCCUGAAGGGCUUCUUGUAGGAGGUGGCAUUUGAGCUAAUUUUUGGAAACUUUAGUAAGGUUUAAAAAAGUAUUGUCCAAGCUUAGUAUAUUAAGAAAUUUCAACCCCUCAAAAAAGUUGUGAGAGGAGCUGGGGAUUUAGCUCAGUGGCAUCGCACCUGCCUCACAAGUGCAAAGUCCUGUGUUUGUUCCCUGGUACCAAAAAAAAGUUGUGAGAAUAGUAUAAUGUGUAAUAUUUGCCUAAAUUAAUAGUAAUAUUUAGUCAUGGUACUUUUUUAUUUCUGUAUAACUGUAUCUGUAUAUAGACUUGCAUUUGUAGGUACACAUAAAUUACUAUAUCUGUAUACAUUUCUCUUUGUGGGACUCUGUGAAAGUAAGUGGUGGACAUAGCCUUCUUCAACAUUUUCUUUUUCUUUUUAACAUUUUCUGAUAGAUUAAGAAUACAGUCACAAUUCCAUUAUCAAAUCUAAGAAAAGUAACAGUAAUUCAUUAAUACAGAUAGUCUCUCACUUAUGAUGACAGUUGGACUUUAGAGUUUUUGACUUUACUAUGGUGUAGGGUGCCAUUUAUUUUUAAACUUAUUGAAUGGCCUAAGACAGCAAGGAUUACAUUCUGCUUUUUGCUUUCAGUACAGUUUUCAGUAUGUUACUUGAGGUAUUAACACUUUACUGUAAAAUAGGCAUUGUAGAUGAAGAUUUCACCCAGUUGUGGGAUAAUGUAAGUGUUUCGAGCACAUUUAAGGUGGGCCUGGCUAAAUUAUGAUUGGUGGGUUAGGUGUAUUACGUGCAUUUUCAAAACAUUAUUUUCACACUUAUGAUGGGUUUAUUGGUAUGUAACCCCAUCAUAAAAUAAGGAGCAUCUGUAUUGUAUAUAUUAUCAUCAGAUUUUCCUAUUUAUUUCUAAACUGUCUAUGCUGCUCUGCCUUCCUAAAUUAGUUCAAGAGUUUUUUUUUUUUUGGUACCAGGGAUUGAACUCAGGACCUUGUGCUUAUGAGGCAGGUGGUGGCACCACUGAGCUAAAUCCUGGCCCUAAGAGGAGUUUUUAUUAGGUGAAGACUACUUAAAGCUUUAGAAUCAUUGCAAGGACAGAGGUGCACAAGUGUCAAAUCUUCUCUAUUAGUGGUUUUUCAGAAAGUGAAAGAACCUGAUUUCUGGAAACUAUAGAUGGAUAAAGUUGGGAAGGGAUAUAAUAAAUGUUUUCCCUUUUUUUUUUGAAGACAGGGUCUCACUAUGUAGUUGAGACUGAC